UUUUAAAGCAAAGAACAAGUUACAAAAUUAUAUAUAUAUAAAUUUAGUUACACUUUUAUAAUUAUAAAGUGAAACUUAGAAACGUUUUAGAAUCCCAUCCAGUACAGUAAAAUAAAAAGUAUGAUAAAAGUAAGGUUGACACUCUCGUAGAAUCAAGAUAGCGUCUCACGAGCUUUUUUGUUCCUUCCGUCGCAUUAUGCAGCCGGAUUAUCAUGGUGCAUUCAAGUGGCGUGCGAAGAAAAUCCUUCACGAUUAGAAAAACUGACAGCACGCCGAGAGGGUUCAAAGUAAGUUGUUGGAUCAAUCUACCGGUUCUUGGACUCUUUCUUUUCUCCUCCCGUCUUAUGCUCGCUCGAUGGGAAAACCAGACGCCACCUACGUCAAGCUCGGAGAUUAUUUUGAGUCCUUUUUCAACCUCUUGAUAGAUUACAUCGCCGCGUGAAGAAACGGCGCCAGUCUAAUGAACAAUUUAUCAUCGCCCUGGUUCGCACCGACACAGAAUUUCUUCAAUAUCAAAAAUAUCGCGUCCGACUUCAAAACUGAUGGUGCUAAACAUAAGAACUGACAAUGCCACUUCUCAUGACGAAUGAUAUUAAAUCGCAGAAAAUAAAUUGUCGAAAAAAAUGGGCAAACCGAAAAGUGUAUUUGAGAAUGGAAUCGCCAAAAAACCCUAAUGUAUUCGUAUAAUUUAAACAAUUUUAUUGAUAUAAUUUGUGUGUGUGUUUGCGCGCGCGCGUGUGUGUAUAGUGCAACUUUACAAUGAUAGUAACCACAUAAAGUUAAAUAAUAUGUAGACUUGUCAGGAAAAAAGAUCUUUUUCUUGAUCAAAGAACUACAUGGUUUUUAUAUAAUCGGGUAAUCGCGGUCAAGGCGGAUAACAAAAUAGCGAGAUUUAUAAGAUCGCUUUGGUGACGUUUCUAAAAUAACAUCAGAAGAUGACGCUGAUCAGUGCCGGAAUACUCGGGUAUCAAUUAAUAUUGUUAGAAGUUUAAAAGUUUUAUCCGGAAACUUAAUAAAAAUAUUCUGAAUUUAUACACAUUCUGUAGAUCUUCACGAAAACUUAUACUUUACAAAACUAUAAAAAUCUUUUUUUUUGUUAGCAAUUAUCAUCUCUUAUCGACGUCUAACAUACUCUGUUCCAAGAAUUCAUAGAUAAAAAUAAUCACGAAAUUCUAAAUUUUUAAUAAUAUCUAAAGUUAUUAUAUAUAUUUCCAUCUCAAACGUGCCAAUAAAUACAAUAGAAUUUCUCAUUUUGACAUUUUGUGUGCGCGUGCGCGAUCAUAAAAUAAUUUCUUAAAGUCAUAAUUAUUUGCGACAAAACAGAGGCAAAUCACUUCUCUUGUCAAUCAAGAACUUCCUGUUUUGAGAAAGAAACGCAUCGACGUAAAUAUAUCAUCGCUCCAACGAUACAGUCCUGGAGUCGCGGGACCACGAGGGACUACAAAAGAUUUAAAUAGUCGCGAGGGCGAGAGACAGAGAGAGAGAGAGAGAGAGAGAGAGAGAGAGAGAGAGAGAGAGAGAGAGAGAGAGAGAGAGAGAGAGAGAGAGAGAUAGGGAAAGAGGAGACCUGCGGCGGUGGUUUCGUGACGCGCGAUGAAGAAGCGGACGAAGAAGAAGAGGUAGCCUCGCGGUAGGGAUAAAGACUGCCGCAGUGAUGUAGCCACGCGUCGACUAGUUCGCCCGGCGACUCUAAACGGCCGGCACGCUUUUCGCAGCGGAAAGCUGUCAAACUCGCGAGGCGCGAUUCCGGAAGCGGGAUCCAGUCCGGAACCGACUCGGUGCGCCGACGUUCGUCGCCGUUCGGGGCCUCGAGUGUGAUGUGUCGGACCUCGGCGUCGCGACGUCGCCACGCGGAGACGCACAUCUGGCGCAGAGGCGCAUCUUGACGUUACGUAACGAGAAAGAGAAAGACAUCAAAACGAGAGAUUGAAUUGUGACGAGGAAUUCGCGAAGCUCGUGCGAAGUGCGCGACAAAUUCGCGCGAGGAGACUACGAGGAGGAGUAAGACAGUUGGAGAAGUCCAGACUGUGCUAUUUUUCGUCUGUGCUAAUAAAAAGUAUGAUUGAUCAAUUUGGCGAAGAUCUCCACCGCUGUGACUGCCAGUGUGGCAUUCUGUACUAAACCGACAUUUAUAAAUAUUCUAAAUAAAAAUCGUAAUUUUUUUCAAAUAAAAAGAUACACUUCGCGACUAAAGUUAGAAGUAUCUUAAUUAGUUUAAAUAUAAUAAUCAGGCUUACUGCCAAGGAACAUCGAAGAACGAAACGUCAUUUGUAAGGAAGAUCGCAGCUGUUCGUGGGAAGUACGUUGUCAACGAAAGCACUCGGCUUGAUUGAGGAGAAAAGAGCACGAGUGUUGUUGCACGACGUCGAUGCAGUUAACUGACAGGACAGUCGUGAAAAUAAGGACCGGCCACUUCGCGAAAUGGUUGUGUUUCCGUUCGCGAGUCUUUCCUAGAAUAAGCCCGUGAAGUAUGAGGCUUGGACGCGCCGUUAGCCAACAACAGCUAUUUGUUGAUGAAACGCUGAUGGAUUAUUUAAUGACUCGAUCAACGAAAUGACUUUUGACAUUAAGGCGCGCGUGACUCCAUUAGAGAGAAACGCAUACGUAGGUAAUGCGAAUUCGUUGUUGAUCUGACGGGAGGUCACGUGAGCCGCGAAACCGAGGGGGGAUUAGGUCCCCCUCGGUAAGGUUAUCACAUGAGUGAAGCUCCGUGGCGCGCACAGAAAUGGAAGGAGCGGGACGUGGGCAUGAUGCAGAGGAGAGACACGAGCAGGCGAACGAGACGCGACGGAAAGGAAAACUCGUACUGUUCGUCGUGGAAUUCCGGCCAAAACGACAUUAAGAAAUUGCGCAAGGAGAACGAGCAGCUGCGUAGAGAAAUAUGGAGUCUCAGGGACGAGUACGACAAACUUGAGGAGAUUUUGAAGAAACAGAAGAACCACGACGAAAGCGAAGAGUUCGAGGAUCGCUCCGAGGAGGAUGACGGCCUGCAGUCGGACUUUUCCUGCGAGGAGGACGAGGAGGAGUACAAAGAUAACGAGAAAACAGUCAAGGACUUCAACCAAGAAGAACAGCUAGAGAACGCGGAGAAUCAGAAGAUCUCUUCCGAAAAGAUGAGCAGCAAUGUGCAUCGACUUCACGUGGAGUUCGACGAUCUGUCGGUUGUCGACGAGGAAGAGGAGCUGAAGAGAGAUAAGGAUAAGAAGGAGACGACACCAGAGAAGGACCAGGGAAACGAGGCUGUCGGGCAUCCACUCCCGCCGAUUCUUGGUCCUCGGCAACUUCACGAUAACAUCCCGUUUUAUCCGGCCACGUACGAGCCGACGAGUGGUUUCAACGGAACCAGUUAUUACACCGAAUGCCCGUUCGACUUCCCGAGUACGGCGGAUUUAAUGUUAUCUACAGAUACGUCCGCAUUAUUGGCUUCACCAUACUCCGGAUUGCAGUCUGAUCCAUUGAUCCCGCUGGCCAACUUAGACGCCGAUGGUCUGGAAGUGGCCGAGCCGAUGCUACCACAAAUUCACGUACCGCCCAUCGGUUGGCAGAAUGACAUGGUCUCUCAAAAACAACUGUUUACUACGAGUAGCAUCGCUCCCGUCAAAUCAGCAACAGGGACAGAAAAGCCCGAUUCGCACCCGAUAAUAGUUUCCUUGGGAAGCUCGAUGCCACUUUCGAAUACUUUCAGCUUUUUGAGGAAGAGAAACUUAAGUACGAGGCAACCCACGAAACCUUAUGAAGCAUCAACUAUUCAAGAUUCGCGAACGCAAUUUUCGUGCUCCAAAGAAGCAGUCGGCAGAAAUAUCUGGAAUAUAGAUUCACCUGGGUCCAUUGUAGCAAAUGGAGAGAAAAACAUGCAGCGAAUUGAAAACGAAGAGGCCAGCACGAUGUUUACGAUGCCGGAAAAGCCUAAACACUUUUUCGCGCCACAGCCUUUCAAACUAAAAAAACAAGAGGCAGAAUCACCAACUGCCAGUACAUGUUACUUUGGUACCGGAACUAGUUCGAGCAGUGGCAAAACGGCUUCUACGGUGAUCUCUAGGACUAACCCUUUCGUAGGAUCCAAAGGUUCGGCGGACAUUUAUAUAAAUGGUGCGAUACCUUGCGAAGACGCUUGGAGAGAUAAAAAUGAUCCGAAGACAUUUUUGAGUACAGAUAAUCUACUGAUUAAAGAUAGCAGAAGUGUUCUGGGCAAUCAAUUGACGAAAUCCGUGUCUUGCCAAGAUCUCUCGAGCGAUUCUCAGAGUGUCAUGCAACAAUUAAAAUUGAAUCACGUCGAGUCUCAGACAUUCGCAAAAAGUGAUAAUACUCUGGACAAUACGAGCGGUUCCUCUAGUAAACCGUACAAGAGUCAUCUUAACGUGACGUUAAAAGUACCGCGAGCCGAGCAAGCACCGAGUCCGGAGACCCCGGAGGUACCCAAUCUACCCUCGAUAGAUUACCGUCUCUUUAGAAAUCCUUUUCUAAGAAACUUCGACAAGAUCUGUCCCAACUAUCAAGUAAAAUCGAAUCCCCCUCCCGCCACGACGCCGCUCUCUAUUCAGGUGAACGAUGACGGCCUCGCUUAUCCGUAUCCAAUGUCGGGUUACGGUCGAGGAGUUCACCUCAAUGAGAAAUUUCGAGCUGCACACUUGUCGGAUCAGAGUCGACUGCCGAUAUCCAACGACCAACUGAUGAGCGACAAGCAGGAUAUUCAAGUGACUUCCUUCGAAAGACCGAGUCCUUGCACCUUGAUACCUUCCACUACGCCUUACGAUCUUGCGAGCUUGAGGAGACUAAACGCAAAUCGAUAUCUGCAGAGUCCAAAUCUGUACCAAAAUGUUCCCUUCGUAUCGCGAGGACCCGGUCAAUUUUAUUCGCCGAGAUAUGGGAUGAUGUACUGCGACAACGUCACAAAAGUACCUGCGCAAACGCAGACGUCGAUCGACGGAGACUCGCAUCACGAGGACGAGGAGACGAUCAGCGCACCGAAUUCACCGAAUGGACAGAGACGGAAAAGGAUCAUGAAGAAAGACAAAACUCUAAUUAAGGAUAAAAACCUACUAUCGCCGGCAACACAAAGAAAACUGAAGAAACAGAUCAGCGCCACGUCGACAGACACGAUCGAUUCGCCCGGAAAGAUAACGCGAAAGAAACCGAGACGAUUGAGCACGGCGCCUGACGUGCAAGAAAACAAGAACGAAAGCAGAUCGUCGUCCUCGGGACAAGAAUCACCACGUAAGGAUCAAAAUCGAAGGAUGUCUGUCAUCAAUUCUAAAAGACGAUCGUCUCAAGUAUCAUUGAAAACAUCGAGGAGCGGCAGUGUCGACGCCAAAGACAAGCUCGCGGAUGGUAUCGCGCUAUAUUCGGAACGGGAAAGAACGAACUCGAUCAGUAGCCGGGAAAUCACUAACGCUCGCAAGACUAGUACCAGUAGUGGUAAUGUGCCGUGGUGUGCGUGUUGGGGAAAUGGUUGCAUUUAAUCAAUAUUAAAAGCUGCAUAUUCAACCCCAUUCAAGAAUAUAAUUUUAAAAAAAGACUGGAUACUAAAAAGAAACAUUGGCUAAUUUUAACGUCAAAGUGUUAAACAUUAAUAGCAGUUAUAAUAGAUAAUUAGGUGGAUUAACUAUAUAAACAAUAUUAAUUAUUUUUGUGAUAGAUAAUUUUAUUUGUAAAUUUAAUCUCUUUGAAAAGAAAUACUUCGAAAAAAUUAUCGCGUUAAUCUAUGCGUAUGAUUACUUAAAAUUAAUACAAAGAUAAGAAUGUUAUAAUAUUACUAUAAUGAAAUAUUAGAAACAUAUUAAUGCGCUGUCGUUAUACAUUUCAGAUAUUAACAUUCAUUACUUGAUUACUCUGAAAAUAUUAUAUCAUACAUUAAUAUUUUUCGACAUUAAGAAAAUUAAUGCGCUAUGCGCGUAUUGAUCUAUUCGUAUCAUUGAUAUCUCUAAACUAGAUAUCUCGCAGUAGUUUGAUCUCGUAUGCAUCUCACAUUAAAACGAGAAGCUAUCGCUUGAACGGGAUACGGUGGCUUUUAUUUAUUUAAGACAGCUGCGAUUUGUGUCAGCAGCGAGAGGUUCUUGCUACUUUCUGAUCUUUGGGCCAAGCUCGACUGAAUAAUUCGAAGGACAAAUACCAAAGGGAAAUGCUGAUGGGCCGCGAAAUGAAUUCAGGAAGGAAGGACCUUAACUUCCUGGUGUAAGGGAACCACCAUUGUAGCUAGUAACGCAGGUCGUAAAACAAGCACAGACAGCGGUACUAUGGUGUUACUAACGCUGUCACAACGGGGUGACAGUUGUAUCUAAACUAGUUCUGCCAAGAGACCUGGAAGUCGGGCCAGUAUCCGCUCUUAAGGCAAAUUUAUACUAGGAUUAGCAAACACAAGCUUGUCCUAAGCACGCGCGCGCUUGCGAAUAAUGGUAUACAUUUUCAAAUUAUGUAACUUCUAGUAACAAUUAUCUACGAUUAGAUUUCUUAAACAAUAUAAAAGUUUGAAGUAUACCUAAAAUAUUAGAUACUUAGAAAAUUAUUGCAUUGUUAAGUUUUUACACAAAUUAGAUUUUAUAACUAUAAAUCUGUAUGUAUAACUUAAAAUUAAAACAUUUUAAUGAAGAAA